AUGGAUCCUUUCAACUUGAGACGGAAAUUUGAACGGUUCCGGGUCCUCAUCAUAGGAAGGGCGAAUGCAGGAAAAACCACCAUCCUACAGAGGGUUUGUGGCACACAAGACAGUCCAGAAAUAUAUGACAGCGCUGGGGAAAAGGUGCGCAUCGCUAGCUUGACGUAUUCUCAGCGCGGACAGCACGACAUCGAGAAUGAAAUGGUGUUCAGAAACAACCCAGGUUUCGUCUUUCAUGAUUCACGUGGUUUUGAGGCUGGCGGGGAAUCUGAAUUCAACAAGGUAACAGGCUAUACUGUCCAAAUUAUGCAUAACCAUGUGUGGUAA